UUAUUUACUGGAGCGAUGUCCCUUACUAUUUCCUGUUUAUCCAUGGUUACGUUGUAGAAUUCAAGUUUUAGAAUCUAGACCCCUAGAUCUAAAAAAAAAAAUAAAUAGUGCAAUACUAGCCUGCUGCUUCAUCAUGCCUAUAUACAUUCCUAAGAAAUCGACAUUCUCUCCACCAUCUAACUUUGAGAUUGAGCCAGAGAAUGAUAAUGAUUACCUAUUGGAUCCUGACCAACUCUGGGACUGCCUGCCUCAACCUUACCGGAUGAUUAAUAAAAUAAUUAACCAGGUUCUGGACUCAGUUUGGGAAAUAGUCAAGCAAAAAGAGAAAGAUGCCAUUGAGGCUGCUUCCCAUGUUCAACCACCAUCGUUUGAAAGUCACAACAUUGUGGAGGGAUUUGAGAUGACUACAUCUAUGACAUUUAUAGCUGUUGAAGAUUGUUUAUUAAUUGGACUUCCUGAUGGGCUAUCAGUGAUUGAUGCACAGAACUUUGAGACAGUCACAGAAUGGGAUGACCCUCAUGCCGAGAUAGUCAGCGUACAGUCUUUGCACAUUGGCAAAGAAAUGCAUCUAAUAGUCACCAUAGACAGUCUAGGAAUCUGCAGAUUAUUUCUCUUUGCUUUAGGUAAUUUGUUCUGCAUCAAAGCAAUCAAUGAAAAUGCUCCGCAAGCAGAAGUCAAAACUCUGUGCCAGAAAUGUUUUCUCUCUCAAGGUGGUGAAUAUAUUGGAGUUGUUCUUGAAAAUAGUAGCACACAUGAGGUCUAUGUUGAGUUGUACAAGUCUCCUAUAGAAACCUGGAUCACAGAGUUAGAAAGCAAAGCUCUACUCAUACAAGACAAAGAGACAGACAAAGAGGCAGAGUCAAUUUCUUUUGACAAAUUCAAAAGUCAGUUGAAUAUCUUGGAAUAUGAAGAAUCAAUACACACACCAGAAACUUCUUUACCAAAGAAAUCCAUCAGAAUAAGUUUAGAUAAACUGUCUUCAGCAGCCAUAAUUUGGGCUCCACCAGAACUCAUAGCCAAACUGAAACCUGCAGCUCCAUUGAAUGCAGCAAUUUCUAGUUUGCCUCCAGUCAUAACAUCAGCCAAGGGAGGUGAUUCUAGUGAUGUUCUAGGCAUGGGACAUAACCACAUUUUGAAUGCCACCCACCUGAGCCGGAGAGAGAUGAUGUUUAAACACAGAAAUGAGCAUCUGAUCAAAUAUUUACCUGAAGAAAAGCAAGAACUAUCUAGCUCUCCUAACAUCCACUUCCUUCCCAUCAGCCGACUUCUACCUAAUGACCUUGACACUGCUACAUCAGCCAAAGCUCCAGUAAGCUUAGCUGUCUGGUGGACAGGACAUCCAAUUGUAGCCCACUAUUCACUCAGCAAGACAUCAAAAGAUCUGGAAUGGAAGCCAGACUUAGUUUGGCCUUACUCAAGUAAUAUUACCUGCUCAGCUGUCAGUGGGUGUGGAACACAUCUGGCUUUAGGACUAGAAGACGGCUCAACAGUCAUUUGGGAUUGGAAACUUGGUCUGUGUAAAUCAGUUUUAAAAGGCCCUGAAAAAAACUCUGUCAAAAGCUUGAGGUUUUUAGAGCCAUCUUUGUACCCAAUAGAUCAGCCAAAAUUCCCUCCCUAUAACACAAUCAGUGCCACCUAUGUUCUGGCGGAAUACUCUAAGGGAUCACAACUACUUUUUGAUACCUUGCAUAGCAGCCAUCAAAUUCCUCAAAGUCUGGCCACAGAACCUGAAGAUGAUGAUAAGUUGCCAACUGUCAUUCAAAUAAUUCCUCAUGCUCCACAGCUGAUGUUUCUUGUGGAAAAGGGAGGCAAGAUGUUUGUCAAAGACAUUACAACUGGAUCACUUGUGUGCCAGAUACAGCUGCCCUCCCCCUACACACUUCAGUCCCCUUGGGAGCCAAUCUUUGCCUUCACUGAUAAAAAUCAUUCUCUAUUUGUAAAAGGUGAAGGAUUGCUUGAGACAGCAGAAGGUUCGACAGAGAGGUCAACUUGUCUGUUUCAUGUCCAGCUAGAAACAUUCCCUGCUUUAGCCAGCUACUUCAAUGUUAGUUCCACAGAGGAUGUACCACUGACUGUUUUCAACACACUGGAUCAGAGGAUAGCUUCUCUUCAGUUUUAUAGGGACCAGCAAAUGGCAGACAGGAAAGCCCGCUGGGCAACUAUCUGGGCAGACCUCCCUUCUCAACUGACCAGUGUCCAGCAGGGGCUAGUGAGCAGAUGUAACUCCCAGCUGAUGUGUAGCCCCAAAUUAAAUGCUUCGACAGAGCCCCAUUUUGGACGUCGCUAAAAAGAUCAAGUAUCGCCAAGAAUAGAACAUAGACAUCUAUUUGUUGUAUUUUUUCCAGUUCAGGAAUUAUGGCCCUUGUAUUUAUUAUGUGCAACUUAUUUAGUAUAUUCAUUUUAUUGUAAAGUUCUGCUGAGCAGCCUACAAAGAAGCCAGCCUAUAUGCAAAUUUCGAAAAGUUUAAUAAAGAUUUGUUUUAACAAUA